AUUGAUCACGUCGAUCAUUUGAUCCAAUUGGUACGCACGUCCGUCGCUCCAGGCCCUGGGACUGAUAAGGAAGCGCGCCCGUGCAAGUGCUCUUCAACCUCCUGGAGGUCCACGCGCUGCCUGAUGGUGGAGAAAGACUCAGGCACGAAAAAGCACAGUCGGGGAUUGCGCCCCGCAAAGCACCCCUAUCCUUUCCCCUCUCAGGAUCCACCGAUGCAGUGCACGUAGGAUGUUGCGUGCGAAUGAUGGAAGAUCUCAACGUCCAAGAGAUGUAUCCAACAUCCAAGAGAUAUAGUCUAUACCCAAGAGAUGCAUCUGAUACCUGAGCGAUAUUAAUCGAUCUCCAAGAGUCGCACACAUGGCGCUAAUCAUUUCUCGUCGGAAGUUUGCCAAUACUACUUCGCUUCAAAACUCUGGCGAAAACAAGAGAACGCGGAUUCAGGGAUGAUUUGGGCAGCUCGAUUUCGCCUCCUUUCAAUAAUUGAUUCGACUGCCCAAGUUCUCCCUGAUCAAUACAGCACAUACCUCCCCCCUCCCCCGCCACAUCUCUUCAUGCACCUCUCGCCUCUCAAUGCAGCAAAGCAAGACACGGCCCGGGGCUCUCGCUGGAAACACCCGAGAAUCCUACUCGCGAAGCUGCUGACAGAAGUGGAUGAACGACAACCGCCAAUUCCAUUUGCCUGA